AUGGCGAAGAAAAGAGUGGCCUACUUUUACGACGAGGAUGUUGGAAAUUUUCACUAUGGUAUGUUUGUUCUUUGUUAAUUAGGUUCCUGGCAAGGUUGUUACAUUUUGAAUGAAUAUAUUUUGCUUUGUUUUACAUCAGCACAUGUUUUGAGGGUGUGUUUCUCUCUGUUAGUGCGAUCAUAUAUUGGAAUUAUGUCUUCCUUUCGUGACAGAAUCAUUUAUACUUAUAGUCAUGUUAGAUUUAUUAAUUCGUCUAUCUCAUAAUUUUCCAAAGUACUGUAAAGCUAGUCACACGCUGUUUCAAUAAACUUAGCUACCUUUGGAUAAGAACAUUUUCCUUUUUGAAUGUAUUUUUCUACAGUUACUCUUGUUAAACUCUGACUGCGUUAGCAUAAUGUGUGUUUAUUCAGAACAUCACAGUAUAGUAUGUAAGCUAGUAGGACUUAACCCUUUAUUAUCCCAACAAGUGAUUAGCAUCUAAUUUCUCCUUUCAAUAUCACCCCUGAAUGAAAUUUUAAGGUCGCAGGAAUAAAGAAAAUGAUAAUCAACUGAAGAACCUCUUGAUUGUUAAAAAAAUUCUCCUUGCCAGCGCAUAAGAAAAUGUAUAGAGAACAGUAUGGAGAAUAUGCAUACUGAUGUUAGGAUGUAAAGGAUGAAAUAAUGAUUUUUUUUUUUCAGGCCCUAAUCACCCAAUGAAACCUCACAGACUUACUUUAACCCAUAAUCUUGUGUUCAACUAUGCUCUUCAUAAGAAGAUGGAGGUGAGACCUCUUUAAAUUUAUCUCAGUUUGUAUUUUGGGGUUCUAUAUCUAUUUUGGUCUUUUAAUUUGAUGUUGAUUUAUGAAAUAUUUAUUGUUAAGUUGUUUACUAAGCGUGAACUUUUAGGAGCUGGCCUCAUGACUAUGCAGGCCCUUCAAUAUUGUUGCCUUUGAAUGCUUUGGGAAUUAAAAACACUGGCAUCUAUAUUUGCUGCAAAUGCAGUUGGUGUCCCUUGGUUCAGUGGUCAUUCUGCAAGCCAUUGCUUAAACACUAAGGGUCAGUUAUUUGUACAUAGUCUAACCCAAACCACAGUUUUAUACAAUCAGUGGGCCUCCUGCUCUCUCUAUAAGAGGAUUGAUUUGAUUAAUUACUUAACCCCUGAGAGAAACUAGCUUUUAUUUUUUCUUCAUCAUCAUCAUCAUCAUCAUCAUCAUCAUCAUCAGGCCAAGCUUGCUUGGUAUCGCAUGACACGCUCCCUCAACCUUCACCUCCAUCUCCACCUUCACAUUAACACCCACAAAUCACAUAUUAAGGUCAUGAGAAUAAACAAGAUGAUCACCAACCAAAGAAGUUCUUGCUCGUUAACCGAUUCCUUGCCAGCACCUUAGGAAAAUGUAUAGAGAACAGUAUAGAGAUACUGAUACUGAUGUUGGGGUGUUAAGGGUUGAGUAACUGUCCCUCCACUGUGAGCUUUCAGCCCUUUUGACACUGUUGAAAGUUCAGAUUAAAUAUCCAACUAAAUUGAGGGUUGUUUUGGAUGUGGUUUUGUUAAUCAACAGCCAAACUGUGUUUAAAUGAUCAGAAGUGUUUAUGGUAAAAAAUUGUAAUGAAAAAAACAUUUUCAGACAAUGGUAUGGCAAUGGUAACCCUUUGACCAAGAGUGACUAGCAUCUAAUUUCUCCUUACAAUAUCACCUUGAAUCACACAUUAAGGUCAUGAGAAUAAAGGAAAUGAUCACCAACUAAUGCAGCUCUUGAUUGUUAAACAAAUUCUCCUUGUCAGAGCCCUAAGAAAUGUAUAGAGAACAGUUCAGAGAAUAUGCAUACUGAUGUUAAUGCCAUGUAAAAGGUUUAAUGUGCAUUUCAUUUAAAUCAUUUUUCCAGCAACUAGAAUUUCACUUUAAUUUCUGCCACUUUUUUAAGAUUUUAGCUCAUCUGAUGGGCAGGUAGAAAAAUUUGAGCUAGGAUACCCUAGGUACAGUGAAUACCGUUUACUUGGGGAAUUUAAAGUCUAUGCAGUCUGUACAAUCUAUUCAGUCAAACCAUUCCCACAAGGAAUGGGAGGGUGACUGUUUAAAUGUUACAAGUUGAUCGCUUAAUACAAGUUCUCUAGAUUGGGGGUAUCAUACAAAAUGACAACCAAUGCCAUUUUAUGCCAUAAUCGAGCCAUUAAUGUACAGAAUCUCACUUGAAAAUACAACUUACGUUGAUUUUGGGAGAGAAACAUGGAUAAAAGUAAUUGCUUGAAAAAUUAUUCUUGGUUUUAUUUGAGUGAUCCCACUUUCAGUGACCUUUCAAUACAAAUUGAGGACAGUACAAAGAGAUUACCCUCAGAGGGUAACCACAGCUGGUUAACUCUCUAACUCCCAGAUAAAAUUUGUAAUUCUCCUUACAGUCAACCAUACAAUUUGUAUAAUGUUAGUUAUGAGAAUUUAGUAUUGGAUCAACUAAUUAUCCCCAAAUUGAUAUUUUUCUUUAUUCUCAUUACUUAUCUGGUUGAUAUUGUAUUGAUACUGUAAGGAGAAAUUCUGUGUUGGUCACUCUGGGAGUUAAAGGGUUUAUAGAGGUGACCACUUCAUAAAGGUAUCAAUUACAGUUAUUAUGAGGAAACAAAUCUGGGAUUUUAACAAGUGAUUGCUUAAUACAGGGCAAUGGCUUAAUACCAUGCUGCUAAAUACAGGUACGACUGUACACAUUUCCUAUUUAUCUACAGGUGUACAAGCCUUAUAGGGCAACUUAUCAUGACAUGUGCAGAUUUCAUUCCAGUGACUACAUACAAUUUCUACGAAGGUGAGUGGUACCAGAACUCUAAGAAAUUUCAUGCUUCUGAAUCUAGCAUGAUUUCCAGCUGUCAUUCUCCUAAAUUCGCCAACUGUCUUGGCCUUGUUUUGGUCAUUGCAGGGUAACACCACAGAACACAGGGCAGAACAAAACAUUGAACAACUUUAAUGUUGGAGAAGACUGGUCAGUAUUUUCCAUCUUUUGUUUCAUUUAUUUUUUUCCUUCUGUGUUUAUUUUUCUUUUUAAUGCCAAUACCUUAUUCUAAACCUGUGUUAAAAUUUCUCCUUUAUUGGAGGAAAUCACUUGAUAAAGAGAGUGACUUGCUUAUUUUUGAUACAUGUAGCUCACAUAUGUCUUCCUAUGUAAUUCUGGAAACAUAUACUGUGGAAAGGUUCUGUACAUGUCUGUUUUUUACUAAAUUUAAUGAAGAUUGAAACCUUAUGGAAGUGAAACCAUUGAUACUGACAAAUAACAACUUCCAUGGUUAAGCAGAGAACAGGAAACCUUCUAACUGAGUUUGCUUACAAGUUUUUUUUUUUCUACAGCCCUGUGUUUUCUGGCCUGUUUGACUUCUGUUCUAUUUAUACUGGUGCUUCACUUGAAGGUGCAGUCAGGCUUAAUCAAGGGGUAGGUGAAAAAGUAAGACUGAUAUAGAACAGACAGUUUCAUAAUUCUGAAGAACAAAAGGUCUUAUUUCAAAAGGUCUUAUUUUAACUACUAGUUCAGUAGUGUUCUUAGCUGCGAGGAUCUCUUAUAUUUGUUUCUUCACCACAGUGCACACAUAUGGAUUUCAUAUAUCUAAAAAGAUGUUCUUUUUUGCUAAUUUUGAGGUUUCUAUUGUUUAAACAGGUUUGUGACAUUGCUGUCAAUUGGGCAGGAGGUUUGCAUCAUGCAAAAAAAUGCGAGGUGAGCUUGUUGAAGUGUUAACUUUAUGUUACUCAUUUUUUUUAAGGUUACCUAAGAAUCAGAAAUUUAUAUGUAGUAGUACUGUAUCACUUUUGUUGUGGUCAGAUUAACCUUUUGAUUCCCAAGAUCUGAUUGUAAAUUCUCCCCUCUAUUUACUGCACAUUACCUUGCAAAUUAGUAACAAGAAUUUAGUGUUAAAUCAGGAUAACAAGUUAUAUUUGUCAGUGAUAAGUUUGAGAAUUCUUGUUUCCUGUUUGCUGGAUAAUAUAUUUUUAUUAUAGGGAGAAGUUACCUAAUUGAUUGUUAAUUUUUACGGGGAGCUAAAGGGUCAAGUGUCAAAGUUCACUUUUUUUUUUCUCUAGUGUAGUAAGUUCAUUGUAGGGACCAAUCACAGAGUGAAGUAUAGUAAAGCUGAUGCAAUUCUGGAUUACUCUCACCGUUCAAUGAAAAAUGGCUCUGGAACAGCUGAUCCUAAUAUUAUGUGUUGUUCUCUGUUUAGGCAUCAGGAUUCUGCUAUGUAAAUGACAUUGUGGUUGCAAUACUAGAACUGUUAAAGUGAGUGAUCCAUGAAAUUUAGUUCCAUGUAGUGAUAUUUAAUACAUUAUUUUUCUCCCUUUUAUGUGUUUGUUUGUUUGUUUGUUUUUUAAUUCUGUUUUUGAAUAAAAGAACAUGUUGGGCUGUAGGAGAUAUACAGGGUUUGCAUGGGUCUUGAAAAACCUGGAAAUGCUGGAAUUUUAUAUUGAAAAAGACUACAGGUCCUGGAAAGAUUUGGAAAUCGGCUUAACUCAAGCAAUUAGGUUCUCAGAAUUUACGUUAUAACAAAUGUAUGUGGACCGUAAGGAGAAUUGAUUUUGAAAUAUUGGGAAUAGAAAGGUUUAUUGUGAAACUUGGAGUCCUGGGAAAAUCAAUCUGAGUGAUGGAAAAGUCUUUGAAAUUUGUUUUCCUGAAAAAGAGUACAAACUCUAGAUAUAUAUGUGUGAUAACUUAUCAUAAGCACCCUUUGAUCUGCUGUUUUACUCAUUGAUUUUCAAGUACAGGUACAUUUUAGCUGAACAUCGAGCAUUGUGAGAACAUGUUCAGUUUGCACGUUACCUACCACUGUGUUUGACUUGGGGCAUACUCUUUGCUUUAAUUCAGGUACCACAACCGUGUGUUAUACAUUGACAUCGACAUCCACCAUGGUGAUGGAGUACAGGUAUUGCAUUUAAACCCCUAAUUUGCAUCUGUUAACAUCUAGAAAUUUUUAGAAUUGGGAAAAAUCUUCAAUGUAUUGUUUUCCACGGAAACUGGAUUGUGCGGUUUUGAGAAUGAGUACAGCAAAAGAAAUACCUAUUUCAUAGGGUAUUCCUUUGUGUAAACUAACAGUUUGCAUGUUUUUACAUUGUGUGUAUAAUCCACUUGCAGGAAGCCUUUUAUUUGACCGAUCGGGUAAUGACGCUGUCCUUUCACAAGUAUGGAAACCAAUUCUUUCCGGGAACUGGUAAGUUUGGAUACAGAACCACCCAAAAGUAAGUUGACCGUCUCGACUCGAACCUCGAUAUUCGAAUCUAUUGAGAAUCGAGGAUUGAGAAUCGAGGAUUGAGAAUCGAGGAUUGAGAAUCGAGGAUUGAGAAUCGAGGAUUGAGAAUCGAGGAUUGAGAAUCGAGGAUUGAGAAUCGAGGAUUGAGAAUCGAGGAUUGAGAAUCGAGGAUUGAGAAUCGAGGAUUGAGAAUCGAGGAUUGAGAAUCGAGGAUUGAGAAUCGAGGAUUGAGAAUCGAGGAUUGAGAAUCGAGGAUUGAGAAUCGAGGAUUGAGAAUCGAGGAUUGAGAAUCGAGGCCCGAGUAUCGAGUAUCGAGGAUUAAGAAUUGGGGAUCGAGACACUAUCAUGACGGUCUCUUUCAGAUUGGAAACUUUACCAUGAGAUAUCAAAAAAAUAGUUGAUAGAUUGCUAAAGACAUAAAUCUUUAGUUCAGUCGUCAAAUAAAGAUGAUAUUCCUAGUUGUUGCAAGCGCAAGACAAAGACAUUGUAAGCAAAGCACCUGUCACUUAGCACUCCAGAGUGUUCUCGGUAACUCAGUAAUAAAGUGAGGUAGCAUAUAAUGCAAAGUUGUGGACUUGGAUUCCUUAUCAGUGGGAUUUAGAUUUUCCAGGAAAUAAACAGUUAGACCAUGACCUAUAUUUGUUUAUCUGCAGGAGACAUGUUUGAAUUAGGAGUUGAGAACGGACGAUACUACUCACUAAAUGUUCCUUUGAGAGAUGGAAUAGAUGAUCAAGGUACAGCUCUUAAUUUCAUUCUUUCAGGGAUGAAAUCUUUUCCCGUCGUUCAGAUGAUCGUAGUUCUUUUCCUUAGUUUACAUUUCUCCACUUUACAUGUGCACUUGUCCCCUUUCGAAUUCAUACCUUUCCCUUCACAAAAAUCGUCUUUGAUUUGUCAAAAGAACCACUGUAACUUAACUUCAACUAAUACAGCUCACCUUGGUACAUACAACAUCUAAAAGGUUUAAAAUGAUUUACAUUUUGUAGCCAGGUUCACUUCUUGUGUAGACAACUUUGUUGUAAGGAAAUUCUUAUCGUUGUGGGUGCUUGACCAAAACCCCAAAAAGUACCCAAGAAGAAAUAAAAAUGCAUGUCUCACGGAGUUAUUUCACGUGGUUAAAUGUGUGUCAUGCGCUUUCUCAAUCUUUCCUUUAACAGGUUACGCCAAUCUUUUCAAGCCCAUAAUGCAGUCAGUUGUGAACCACUAUCAACCAAGCUGCAUUGUUCUACAAGUAAGAAUAACAAAAACGCUCUCGUCAUCAUUCAGCGUUUUGAUUUCCGUGAUAAUUGAUAGCCUUUUCAUAAAUGUUGUGAAAGUCUGAUGUUGCAAUGACGAAGUUUUCUGAUCAGUAAAUAUUGUAAUCGGUAUUAAUCUCUUUUAUACGCAUUUGAUAGCAUGAGUCUCAUAGAAGCGCUCUUACACAAUUCUUACAACUCACGUCAAGUACAUUUUAAAGCAUACUGUGUAUUGUAUUGGCUAGAUAUCAUGUUAGUAUCUUUCGCGCAGUUUUAAACAGUAAUCACUGUAGUCUUUCUCUCUUACUUUUUAUUGCAGUGUGGUGCUGAUUCACUUGGGUGCGAUAGACUUGGUUGUUUCAACCUCAGCAUCAAAGGACACGGGUAAGAAUCGUGGAGUUUAAUCUACAUCUUCUGUAACUAGCAGGAGAAGUGGCGGCCGAGUUUUUAGCGUAUUAAUUGACAAAAUGCAUAUGACAUGGAGAUCUGGAUGACUCUUUGUUUUUUCUGAAAGCCAUGUUCAAACCCUGGUCACUGAGUUUUGUUCUUUGCAAAAACACUUCACUCUCACAGUGCCUCUUUUCACCCAAGUACUGGAAUAAUGAAGAAAAAUGUUUUUCGUCUUAUCACGAGCGUGGGACACAGUAAAAAUUUAGAAAUGGAGUCCCCAUAAGGAAUCGAACCUCAGACCUUCGGAUUUCGUUCUCCGAUGCUUUACCACUGAGCCACAGAGACUCUACGGUGACCGAGGUCUGUUACGAACUGAAGUUCAUUUGACACGCGUCCUGCAUACUGCUAUGAUCAGCAAUGUCGUUAGCGUCAUGUUUUGAAAUAAUAGUACAGUCGAACCUCGAUUAUCCGGACCCCGAUUAUCCGGACUAUUCGAUUAUCCGGAAUUUCUUCUCCGGUCCCAAUUUUCCAUGAAUAUUAAUUAGUUGUGAUCUUGAAAACUCAAAGUCGCAAAAAGCCCAAUAAUCCUUUCAAAAGACUGUUGAAACAGCGUAUUAUCCUGUGCGCUUUUCAAAAUUCGAAAGUGCGACAAGACAAAGAAAUAUUCUGAUGCGUUCAGCUGAAAUACAUGUAUGGUUGGCUCAAUGGUUUUGUUGCCGAGGGAAUUUCAUGCUUGAUUAGUUCCUUCCGCGUGGGUUAUGUAAACACACGAGCGAUCGAUCGUAAACUCCAAUCAAAAACAUGCCUACGAAGCGAAAGCUAGCCGUUCUAUUGAUUAAAGAUAAGCAGAUAAUUAUUUCACAUUUCUAUCUCAUUAAUAUUCAUAUUUUCGAUUAUCCGGACUCUCGAUUAUCCGAACUAUUUACCGAGGUCCCGAUGAGUCCGGAUAAUCGAGGUUCGACUGUACUGGAAUAAUGUCUUGCAGAAAUGGGACAUUUGGUUUUUAAGACAUAAGUUCUUACCAAUAUGGUGACAAAAGGGCUGAAGCUGAAAAUAUCAGCUCUAGAAACUCUUUACAGUGGCUAGUUCACGUUAUCAACUCAGUUGAUGAAAUCAAAGUAUCUUUUGUUAUCAAUUGCUUCCAGCGUCCAAAGUUUCUCAGCAGCAGCUGAUAUGUUUUUUUAAAUCCAUUUUCAGCGAGUGUGUUCAAUUCGUGAAGACCUUUAACCUUCCAAUGUUGGUUCUCGGUGGUGGAGGAUACACCAUUAAGAAUGUUGCCCGGUGCUGGUAGGUUUUGUUGUUGGCUUUCUGUGAUCUGGAUAGCUUUGAUUGUGUGAUGGAGCGCUGUUCGAUCGGCUGUCACAGACCAAAACCAUUUAAGGUGACCGCAUUGGUUGAUUGGAAAAUCACAACGAGCCACAGAGAAAAUGCGAGGGGCCAUGAUACGAUUAUUUUGCGCUUUGGAUUUGAUUGGUUGAAAAUUUUUCGACGAAUCACGGAGAACAGUCCCCGACUACCUUCAACACUCAAUCGAAUGUAUUUGGCUAAUUUGCUGGAAGAUUGGUUUUUUAGAUUUGUUUCUGUAGUCCAAACGUAAUCCACGUCGGAAGUGAGCACAUUGUGAGAAAAGCGAUCAGACCUCAUUGCUGAAAAAAAAAAAGAUAUACCUCUCUUGUUACGUACAGAGCCGUUGCACGUCUCCUGAGUUUUUCACUGCUGUUCCUUUUAUUUUCAUCCUGUUUGAAGGGCGUACGAAACAUCGCUUCUGGUGGAUCAGGAAAUCUCAAGUGAUAUUCCUUAUAACGGUAAACUGAUAUCAAGCCUGACUUAGUUAACCCUUUAACUCCCAGAUCAAAUUUGUAAUUCUCCUUACUGUCGACCAUACAGUUCUUAUAAUGUUAGUUCAGAGAAUUUAGUAUUGGAUCAACUUGUUAUCCCCAAAUUGAUGCUUCUCUUUAUUCUCAUCACUUAUCCGGUCGAUAUUGCUAUGAUAUUGUUAGGAAAAAUUCUGUCUUGGUCACUCAUGGGAAUUAAAGGGUUAAUUGCGGUAUAUGGUCCCUAAUACUGCUAUGACAACCAGGAAAAAAACCUUUUCCCUUAAACAGCCAAUUAAAAGCGUGCUCUGAGUGAAAUUUGGGGCGAUCAGGUUAACGAAGAACAGUUUUAAUGUCGCAGUGCUUAAAGAUUGAAUAACUUCGCCAUAUAAAAAGUUAUUGAAAAAAAAAUGUUUUUCGUCUUUUUACGAGUUUGGGACAAAGGAAAAAUUCUGAGUCCUCAUGAGGAAUCGGGCCUCAGACCUUCGGAUUCUGCGCUCCGAUGCUCUACCACUGAGCCACAGAGACUCUAUGGUGAGCAAGGCUCAUCACGAAGUUCUUAUGACACGCGUCCUGCACACUGCUAGGGUGAUGCUAUGUGCAUUGCUGAUCCUAACGUUUGAUUCGAUUGCUCGAUUCACCCACACAGACUAUUUGGAGUAUUUCGCGCCAGACUUCUCCCUGUAUCCAGACAUCGCAGCAAGAAUAGAGAAUCAGAACACAAAACAGGUAAGUUUGAUGUUGGCUGAUUCAAAAUUAAAUUUACAAAUAAAUUAUGCAAAGUAGUGGUGUUCAGCAGUUCAAACGUUGUCCACAAUUUAAUUUUUUUUUUCUUUCAGUACUUGGACCAUAUAAAGCACACUGUCAUAGAGAACAUUAAGUGCUUAACAGGCGCUCCCAGUGUACAGAUGCAGGAGGUCCCCCCGGAUUUCAUGUGCUUGGAAAGUAUGGAAGAACAGGAAGACCCUGAUGGGAGACAGGAGGAUGACCCAAGGUAACGUAGGGGGAAAGGGCGGUGUUAGAGCUUAGUAAAGCUCGGUUUCAAGCGACUCCCUUUCUUCUUACUUUAAGAGAGAAGGGGUUGAGAUGUCUUUUUGGGAUCAGUCAAAUUUAUCGCUUGGGACGGGGGGAGGGGGCCUAGGGUCUCAUGGCUUUCAGGGGGAACGGAGGGAAGAUCAGUCGUUGCUAACAGUUUAAGGGGGGGCGUGGAAAUUUGACUGCCAAUGAGAAGGGAUCAUUAGAAUACUAGAGAGCCUUAGAGGAGGGUGGGGAAUCAGUUAAAUUUUAUCAUGACACAAUUAAAAUCCCUCUAAACCCCCUUCCCCCCCCCCCCAUUCGCUUCCAGACGAUUGAAAAUAACCGGUCCCUUACGAGUAUUCUCCUAUUCCUUCACACAGAUUUGAAGGGGAAUUUUAUGACGGCGACCAUGAUGUUGACAAAGAAGACGCUUAUGUCGAGGUGUAAAAUGUUGAAGGAAGCAAGACCUUUUUGUCCGCGAACUAACAGCCUCGUAGGCUUUGAAGGUGUGGGUGCUUGUGAAAGCGACGAUAGGGGAUCCGUAAAGAGCUAAUGUUUUCCAAAAGAAACAAACAGAAAAAAACAAGCAACCACUUCUACAACAAGGAAAGCAGCCGGAGAUCAUGUUUGCACGGUGACAAACGUGUACAUCAGGAACGUUUCAUACGCUGUCCCCAAACGAGAAACCGUUGUGUUCAUAACCGAUGUACAGAUAUUUCAAACAUAAAGUAGUGAUAUUUGUGUAUUGUAGAGGUGUGUGCCUCUGUUUGUGUAUUGUAGAGGUCUGUUCCUCAGUUAUUAAAGAUAUGUCGGAUUUGAAUAAAGUACACACAAGUUGCAGUUGUUUUCGUGACGACGGACACAACAAUUUUUGUGACGAUGAAAAUAUAAGAAACAACCGCUGCCAUGCAAAAUCUGCGAAAAAAAUUGACAUGUCUCUAGAAAUCUGUUUGAGGAAACAAAACUUGGGAUACACCAAGUCGAUUUGGCAUUUUGUUUUGAGCUUUUGUGGAUUCGCAAAUCAAGUACAAUCUUCAAAAGCUACAUUUCUAAACGGGUAUUGAUUCAAAAUUAAGAGAAUCGGACCCCGUUGAUGAGAG